AAAGAUGGCGUCUUGUUUAGUUGUGUUUUGACGGCAUUUUCUUCUUUUUUAUCUUUAUUUUACUUCGUAAAUUAUUAUUUUAAUCAAUAAGCCUUCUUACAUUUUAUUCCUUUAUAUAUAGGAUUACGAUUUGUCUUAAAGUUAUACRAAUGGUUGAUAUCGAUAGUGACGAGAGUAGUCCUUCAGAGAAUGAUUUCCACUGUAGCUGUUGUUAUGAGUUGAUGGUUGAUGCAACAACACUGAACUGUGGACACAGCUUUUGUCGCUUCUGUCUUGCACAGUGGUGGCACUCAUCGAAGAAGACAACUUGUCCAGAAUGUCGUCAGCAGUGGUCCGGAUUUCCAAGCACAAAUAUUUUGCUAAGAAAAACAAUCAAAAAAUUGUUCCCGGAUGAAUUAGCUGAAAGAAAAGCAUCCCUAGAAGCACAGCAUAAAUAUCAAAAAAUUAUUGAUAAAUUUGAAUCUUUUGGUAAAAAACAAAAUGGUCAAAACCAACGAGGAAGCCAGGGUCAACAAAAUAGACUGAUUAGCGUUACCAAGACUGUUGCUAUAGUGGCUGGGAUUUUAGGAGUUUUAAUGGUAGAUUAUCAUUUUUAUUAUUUUGGUAUUUUAUUCUCAUCUAAUGAACCUCUCGUGCGGAAACCAAUUGAGGCGUGGUCACCAAGUGAUGUGUCCGCCUGGGUGUCUGGUCUUGGGCCAUGGUCUAAAGAAAUCAAUGAAAGUACUUUCCAAGAGAUGGGGAUCAAUGGUAAAAUCCUGAAGUCUCUAACAGAGAGUGACUUAGAGGACAUGUUGGGUAUUGAGAAGCCUUAUCAGCGUCAUGCGUUGUUAAGUGAAAUAGAUCAUGUUAAAAUGCUUGGUGUAAAAUCACCUACAGAUCUCUGGGAGUACAAGGCAGUAUUCCCAGCCAGGUCUAUGUUUCUUCUUUGGGGUUUUCGUGAGUUUCCCAGAGCGACAGCCCUGUAUACAUUUAUUGCUCUCCAUGAUGAAGUAUUUAUGCCUCUKCUGUACUAUACAUCACAACACCUUCAAGACAGUAAUUCAAACCAGGAGCUCACAUAUGGUGAGUGGCAUCCACCUGUCAUAGAGUAUGUGCGUUUCGCAGUACGGGUGCUUUUGACACCUUAUUACCUGAUGGGCAAGUUUGCCUUCCAGUGGGUUGGUGUUAAUACAUGGACGGUUGGUUUUAUUCUCAUGUUCUGUACCCUCAUGACUGCUGCAGAAAUUCUUCGCUCUCGUUGGCUUGUGAUGGGUGGAUGGAGGAAGCUUCCCAAAACAAUAUGGAAUAACACAAAGGGAGCAUUGCUUAACGGAGCAUUUCAUCUGGUUAUAUGGCAUUUUAUUCCUACGUUUAUCUGCAACAUUGUAUUUUACUGGAUGUUGUUUGUUGGCCCACUCUAUGCAUGGACCUCUUUAAAGGACAGUUUUACUUCACAGCAGCUUCUAUUUCAAGGUCCUAAUGAGAAUGUUCCUUUGAAUAUUGUCAGGUUAUUMUUUUCUUGGGUGUGGAGGAAGAUUAUUACGAUAUUUGGUUCCAGACUCAUGCGUCAAUAGAGGGAUAGAGUCUUUACCUUGGAUGUAAUGCUUUGCCAUUUUCAGUCCAUGUGUUAUUCCCAAGAUUAUUAUUUCUUUCUUUAACUGUUUUACAUUGAGAAAUCACAUGAUUAUGGAAACAACUCAAACGAARAAUCUCAUUUUCAAGAGACUGACAUGUGGUCUGAAAUUGGUAAAUAUUGUGCCCAAGAUAAAGAGAUCUAUUGAUAAAUCAGUCCAUGAAAACUGCAAACACUGCUAAAUUUGACAGGUCUUGCCAUACUAUACCACRCUAGAGUGAUAACUGAAUCAGUUGGUGCUAUUGCCAUGCAACGAACCUUAUAAUAUUACAAUACAUUCUUUUAAAAUAUAUUAUAAUAUAUGAAUUAUGAUACUUAGCGGUCUUCCAUUCUCCCACCCCUGUAUACAAGUGAAUUAGAUUUAGCACAAUGCGUAGUUCCAGAACAUAUCAAUAUCCCACCCACUGAGGAAAUUGGAAAUUCUGGAGGGGAGGGGGUCAGAAAAAGAGCAAAAUUACAAAGUUUGUAUGGAAUAAUUUGAAGUUCCUGGGGGUAGGGCGGUCUGCUUAUAAAUUCCCUCCGUGGUAGGUGUACAAUAUUUUCUGGAACUACACAAUUACUGUCUGUCUGAAUCACUUGUUGCUUCAAAGCUGCUCUGGRAUAGAACUUUGUUGUAUCAAGUUUGCCUUAUUAUUGGAGUUGCGUCAGAGUGGCAUCUGUGUAACAUGAUUAGAAGUAGUACAACAAUAGACCACAAUUGUAUCCUAUGGUUUCUAUUUGACAGUUUUCGAAUUAGUCAAAUAACUCUGUGUUCUUUGAUCAUAGACUAAUUUAUAACAGGGUGAGUCUCAUUUCAGUUUCCAAAUAUUCACAAAUACCAUCAGUGAAGUGGGAGAGCUGAGGCCCCAGGGGGGGUUACUCCCAUAUAURGACUAUACAGGGAUGAUCCGCUGAACAGGGUAUGGUUUCUCAAGCUUCUUGUCAUAAACAGGGUAUGCGAUUUCACUCAAGGUCCAAGUUCUUCCUGAGUUUCUUGUCAU